CUCAGUAGCCUUAUUUUAAUACAGCAGCUGUUCAGUCAACCAUAGCGCAUAAACUCUCCGAUGUCCGAAACCCAAACCAACCGCCGCGCCACCGCCGGCAUAUGGUGGCCGGCCCUUGUAGCGGCGGCCGUGAAGCUCCUUCUAAUUCCGGCCUACCGGAGCACGGACUUCGAAGUCCACCGCCACUGGCUAGCCCUCACGCACUCACUCCCUCUCUCCCAAUGGUACUCGGACACCACCAGCCAAUGGACCCUCGAUUACCCUCCAUUCUUCGCCUACUUCGAGAAAUUCCUCUCGAUUUUCGCUUCCAGGCUGGAUCCGAUCAUGACCGAUCUCCAUCAAGGCCUUGAUUACGCCUCCUCCCGCACGAUCGUUUUCCAGCGCCUGUCAGUCGCGCUGUCCGAUUUCGUGUUGGUUUACUCUGCUUAUAGAUUGACUGUAAGCAGAAAUUGUAGCAAUUUUGAGAGGUUUUUUAGCUGGAUUUUGAUUAUCUGGUCGCCUGGCCUGUUUAUUGUGGAUCACUUGCAUUUUCAGUACAAUGGUUUUCUGUUAGGGUUACUGUUGCUGUCAAUUUCUUUUCUGGAGGAAGGAAGGGAUUUAAUGGGAGGGUUUAUAUUCGCAGUUCUGCUUUGUUUUAAGCAUCUCUUUGCAGUGGCUGCGCCAGUGUAUGUUGUGUAUUUGUUUAGGCAUUACUGCAGGGGAGGAUUGGUCAAAGGUUUUAGUAGAUUGGUGCUUAUGGGAAGUGUUGUUUUGGCUGUUCUUGCUGCGGCUUAUGGUCCCUUUGUUUACCAUGGACAGAUGCAACAAGUUUUCAGACGCAUGUUUCCUUUUGGCAGGGGACUCUGCCAUGCAUACUGGGCUCCAAAUUUCUGGGUAUUCUAUAUAAUGUUGGAUAAAUGUCUAGCAUUUUUGCUUGUGAAACUAGGGUUCCACAUCGAAGCCCCAAAAGCUUCAUUCACUGGCGGUCUGGUGGGAGAUUCCUCUCCAUUUGCUGUAUUACCUACAGUCACUCCCUUGAUCACAUUCAUCACCGUUCUCUUAGCAAUCUCUCCUUGUCUGAUAAAAGCUUGGAGAAAUCCCCAGCCAAAGAUGGUAUCCAGAUGGGUAUCCUAUGCUUACACUUGCGGAUUUCUAUUUGGUUGGCAUGUUCAUGAAAAGGCAUCACUCCACGUUGUGAUCCCCCUAGCCUCUACAUCCUUGACAAGCAUGAAGGAUGCUAAGCAUUACUUCUUUUUGUCCAUAGUAUCUUGCUACUCACUUUUCCCUCUUCUGUUCGAAUCCCAAGAGUACCCCAUCAAAGCUACACUUCUACUUCUACAUGCAGUUCUGAUGUUCCUCGGGUUCUCCUCACAUUUUCCCGAGUCAACUUCUGGACAUGUAAAGGGAAGUGAGACCAAAUCUGGAACACCCUUCUACAUUGGGUGGCUCGGAAAAUCCUAUCUUCUUGGCCUCUUAAUUGUUGAGAUGUGGGGACAGUUUCUGCAUCGUAUUGUUUUUAGUGAUCGACUUCCUUUCUUACCACUUAUGAUGAUCUCUGUAUACUGUGCUCUCGGGAUGAUUUACUCGUGGAUUUGGCAGCUAAGACAGAUUGCUCGGUACCACUGAUUCGCACGCUGUUUUUUUUUUUUAACACUACUGACAAAGUGAGAAGCUUAUUUUGUUGUAGUCAUGGCGGCAGGCGGCAGGAGGUUUUGAGGGAUGCAGAAAGCAGGUAUUUUUUACAGUCUGUUAACAUUAUUGUCGAAGAGUGUGUUUGUAAAAAAUAUUUGUGGCUGAUGAUACGAAGUUGGGAUUAGAAGAAAGUGAACAUAAAUUGAGUUUAAAAUUUGAUUGUGUUGUAUUCAAAAUCAUUGAAUUUUUUAGGACAGAUUCUGAGCUUAUUAUCUAACCCUUUUUUUUU